GAGAGAGAGAGAGAGAGAGGGAGGGGGAGGAAAACACAGAGAGAGCGAGAGAGAGAGAGAGAGAGAGACAGAGAGAUGUUCUGUGGAUUCUGUGUCAAUACAUUAUUUCCAUCUGCUCCAAUUCACGGGGAAGGGAUCUGAUCGAUACAAGCGACCUCUCUCUGAAUCACACGCACGCACGCACGCACACAAACACACACACACACACACGCACACACACACGCACACACACACACACACACACACACACACACACACACACACACACACACACACACACACACACACACAAACACACACGCACAAACACGCACAAACACGCACACAUACGCGAGCUCUCUCUGUAUGCGUCCCUCCUCGCGCCGGCGGGCGGCGGCUUGGUUGCUCGCGCUGCCGGCAGGAAGCGGAGGAGAGCGGUGCGCGCGACGCGGGCGGCUGGAGAUGAUCUCUUUCUGGCUGCUGUGCUGGAAGCUGCUGAGAGCCACCGCAGGACUCAGGAGAAACGCUGGCGAACUGACAGACGGUAACCAGGACGACGGUAACCAGGACGACGAAAACCAGGACAACGAUUACCCCAGCAACAGCCUUGCUGUCAACGGAUCUCCUCCUCCUACAAACUCUUCAGAGCCUGUCGCCAUGGAGACCAUGGCAUCCUCUCCACCACCUACACCAGAGACAGAAACACACACGCUGAUUGGCUGUUGGCACCCAGACGCAGAGGAACUCCAUUUCCCAGAAGGCGGAGGGGCACAGGAAAUGAUGAGUGAUGAGAAGGAGGGCGGAAGGGAGGGAGAAGGAGAGGGGGAGAAGGGGGAGGAAGAAGAGGUUCAGCAGGUAGAGAAGGUGGAUGAAGAAGAGGGGGUGGAGAGAGAAGUAGUGAUGGAAGGAGAGAGGAAAGGAAGUGUAGAGGAGGAGGAGAAUGGAGAGAGGGGAGAGGGGAAUGAGGGAGGAGGAGCCGAGGAGGGAGUCCAAGGAGAUGAGGAGGUGUUCGCCUCAGGUCCCUCCCAGCUGCUCCUGUCAGCCAUGUUGGGGCAGAGCCAGGACCAGGGAGAUGAUCCUAGCCAUGGUGACCCUUGCCAUGCCCAUCAUAGGGUCCUUCCCCUUGACGAAUGUCAUCCUGGCGAUAGCGGUCAACCUAAUGACGGUCUCCCUAGCAACGGUGGUCCCCCUAGCAACGGCGGUCAGCCUAGCAAUGGCGGUCACCCUAGCGACGGUCACCAUACUGACGGUCACCCUAGCGACGGUCACCCUAGCGACGGUCACCCUAGCGACGGUCACCCUAGCGAAGGUCACCCUAGCAACGGUUACCCUAGCGACAGUCACGCUAGCAAUGAUACCCCUAGUCACGGCGGUCCCCCUAACGAUGGCCCCCCUGGCGACGGUCACCCUAGCGACGAUCCCCCUGGCGACGGCCCCCCUGGCGACGGCCACCCUGGCGACGGUCCCCCUGGCGACUGUCACCCUGGCGACGGUCACCUUAGCGAUGGUCACCCUAAUGACGGUCACCCUAGCGAUGGUCACCCUAGCGACGGUCACUCUAGAAAUGGCGUUCACCCUAGAGAUGGUCCCCCUAGUGACGGUCACCCUAGAGACGGUCACCCUAGUGAUGGUCCCACUAGUGUCGGUCACCAAGCAGAGUUAGCUCCUCCCCAGGAUGACGGUCACCUUAGCGACAGUCAGCUUAGCGACUGCCUGCAGGCGGAGCUGGCUAUGGUGACAUCAGACAGCGACACAGGGGAGGACCAAUGGGAGUCCUCCGCUCCACAUGACAUCAUAGACCAGGAUGUAGGGGUCGUCUGCAGCUCAGAGAGGGAGGAGGGAGAAGGAGAAGAGGAGGAGAGAGGGAGCGAGGGGAGGAGAAGUCAGAGGGUAGGAGGGAGUAUGGACAGGGGGGAAGAGAAGGAAAAAGAGGCUGGAAGACAGGAGCCAAGCGAGGAGAUGGAAGAGGAGAGGAGAGGAGGCAGGGAGCAGCAGGAGGUGCAGAGGAGGCAAGCGAGAGAUGUCCUCCUCCGCUCUCCCUCCGUUAGCUCCUCUGCUAGCUCCACCGACACAGACAGGAAGCUCCCUGCAGACUUCUGUGUCCUCCAGGAGUCGAACAGCGAGAAUGUCUUCACUGAGCACCUGGACUUCCUGUUGGCACGGCAACAGUGGAGGAAGAUGGAGGAGGAGGUCAAAGGCAAGCCCCUCCCCCUACCAAGUGGGAGGAGUCAAGGAAGUGUCCAGGGGACACACAGCUCGCUAUACCCGCCCACACGCAGUCCCCACAUCCAACGCAGGGCGGGCCCCCAGCCGGCCUCCAGGGAGACCCCCGUCUCCUCAAGGGAGACCCCCGUCUCCUGCAGCCUCUCCCCAAGCUCGGAGGACUCCGGGAUGGAUGGGAUGGAUGACCCGCCACCCCGUGGGCCCCCGGAGGAGCCGGAGAGCGCGGUGGAGCGGGAGAUCCGCCUGACGCUGGACCGAGAGGAGCGCCACCGCAGGGAGCGGGGACGGCUGGCCCAGGGCCCCGCGGCCCCCCGACCAAUCAGUCUUCAGACCGGGCGAUCGCCCCCCCGCCCCCCAGCCUGCCGCACCCCCAACCUCGCCAUCUCCCCCAUGCCCGCCCCCCUCCCCUUCUCCCCCACAACCGCCCCCCUCCCCUUCUCUGUCUCCCCCGCCCCCCUCCCCUUCUCCGUCUCCCCCUCCUCCCUCCAGCGCUCCAUCUGCCACGAGUUGACCGCCAACAACGUCAUCAUCCUGGAGCCAGACUCCGCCCACUCCAGGUCCCGCCUCCUCUCCCCGGGGGGCUUCAGCGAUUGGUCGCUGAGGCCCUCUACCGACGUCAUCGUCGUGGAAACGGCUAACCUCAUCAUCCGCAGCGCCUCCGAGUUCUGCCUCAGCUCCAUCCCCGUCGCUACGGAGACCCAGGAGUCCACCUUCUCCUCCAACCCCUUCUUCAAGCUGCGCUCCCUCAGCAGCCAGUCGCUGGUGGAGCAGGAGAUACGGGUGGUGAGGCAGCGGGAGGAGGAGUGGAGGAGGAGGAGAGGAGGAGGAGGAGGGGAGUGGAGGGGAGGGAGGGAGAAGGAGAGGUUUGACACGGUGCUGGUGUCCCCCGGGCUGAACGACAACAUCACCUUCAACGUGAUAGAGGUUCCAGACAGAUGUGUCUCGUCUCCAUCCUCCCCCUCCAGAACCCGCAAAAUGGAACGGUCCAGCAUGUCUUGUGACCACAAGUUCCCCCCUGCCCUGUCUACAUUGCCACGGCGACAGAAUGCCAUGGCACAGCGAUGGGAGGCCAACCUGUUAGCCAAUCAGAAAAAGGAAUGAACCUGGAGGGCCAAUAGGAAGCAAAGGGAGGAGCCAGAGGGAGGAGCCAGAGGGAGGAGCCUGCUCUUUCUCUCUGAGCCUCGGUUUGGAAGAGAGAAAAGAUGAUCCUUUAAAGAAUUAGUUGAAUGCAAUGAGGCCACAAACCAGAACCCAGAAACACAGGUUUAUUUAGGUACUUUAGCUCGGAGAUGACAAUCUGGAAGACCUCCGCCCCUCUGGCACCCACUGUGGUGACAGAAAGCAGCACCCCGCUACGGGUCGACUGCGGUGGGUCCGCUCCACAUCUCUGGACCAACCGCUGCCGGGCGGCGGGAUCACUUGGCUGACAUGGCCACCUGUGAUCUGAGGCAGGAAGCCCUGCCCCCCACGAGCUCAUCACCGUGGUAACACUCCCUUCUAGAGAGACACUUAACACACGUUCACUUAAACUACAUUCCUUGGAGGUCUUCCAGAUUGCCACUUAAAGUCUUGGGCUUUUGGUAUUAAAAAUGGCUUUACAGUGUCUAUGAAACUAACCUUAACUCUCUCCCACCUCCCACUUACCUUAACUCUCUCCCACCUCCCACUUACCUUAACUCUCUCCCACCAUCACACUUACCUUAACUCCAACCCUCACACUUACCUUAACUCUCUCAACCCCUCACACUUACCUGAACUCCCUCCCACCCUUACACAUACCUUAACUCUCUCCACCCCUCACACUUACCUGAACUCCCUCCCACCCUCACACUUACCUUAACUCCCUCCUACCCUCACACUUAACUGAACUCCCUCCCACCCUGUCCAAGGGGCUGACCCAGUACUUAAGUCUCGACCCUAAAGCCUUUUUUUAUAAGGAGACGUAUAGGGGCCAUUUUGUUUUAAUCACAACUUAUAGAGCACGUCUCUAAGGGGACGUAUAGGGCCCAUUUGGUUUUAAUCACACUUUAUAGCACGUCUCUAAGGGGACGUAUAUGGGGCCACUUUGGCCUGUUGUGUCCGGGUAUUUUUGUACAUCCAUGACAUGAGUGAUCAUAUAAACGAUGACGUAUUGAGUGUAAAUAGCUGCUAAGGUUGGACUGAUUAAGAAAAAGACACUCACUAAAUAUGGGCUGAACCAUUUGCAAUUAAUAACCUUCAGAUUAAUAACUUAAUCCUGAUGAUUAUUUCUGUCUGGACUACUUCUUUGUACCCGGAAGUCAUUCCUGUUGUAAAAGGAUUUAAAUGAGCCAUAAACGUACAUUAACAUCAACGUACACUAAUAGGUCCUGGGUCUCGCUGUCAAUUCUGGUGAGGAGGUGUGUCCUGGGGAAGGAAUCUGUUGGGUUCCCUCUGGCUUUUGCUUUUCCAAGUACAAGUCAAUCAAAUGUAAUCUUAUUUGCUUUGCUCUAGUUUUCUGUGGCUGUUUUUCGUCCUUAAAAUCAAAUGGAGCAUUCCCAAGUAAAUACUUGAUUGUCUUUUUAAGAUUUAUAUAUAUUUUUAUGUCCUGCCUUGAAGAGAUUUUAUGGAGCUGUACAUGGAGGAUGUUAUGAUGAUAUAUAAAGCAAAGAUAUAUAAACUAUAAUAUUCAUAUUGACGUAUACAAUCAAAGAAACGUACAUAUUGUUUAAGUCAUAUAUUUAACAGUACAACUUUAUUUGAACUGCAUCCAGCCAUGUUUAUCAGCAGGUGACAGGUUUAAUGAACUUUAGUUUAUGUUAAUGUCACACGUCUCCUGCUGCUGGUCUUAUGCUGACCUUCAGCUUAGGACCAUGCUGAAGAGGCUCUUCACACCUGAUCUCUGCUCCUGUUUGCCUGGGAUUUCUGUCUACAUUUUUGAUGUCAAGUUUUGUUUCAACACAAAUUAAAGACUAUUGACUGAGUUAUAUA